GCCCGUGUGAAUUGCAAGACCCGUUGUGGGUCAAAAUGAGUGCGAUUACUGGCGGCAUUACCAAGAAAAGAAAGAAAUCAGAUGCGAAGCCUCAGUCGCAGAUUAACAAGUGCCUUAACGAAAAAAGACGACGGACCCAAGAGAACUUGUAUAUCGAUGAGCUUGCCGAGCUGAUUUCCGCCACGGACAUGAGCUCUGGCAAGACUGACAAAUGCCAGAUCCUUCAGAGAACCGUCGAUCAGGUAAGAAGACAGAUUUCUUUUGCCUCCCUUACGAAUAUGAUUGAUAACAGCCAUGUC